GUUCAUUUACCUGUAAAUGAACAGAAAGGGGCAAGUACAUUAAAACAACAAGUAGAAGAUUUUUCUGGAGAACUAGACUUAGAAAUGACAACAGAAAAAGAGGAAGAAAGUUGUAAUGAAAGUGAAAAUAAACACCUGCAGGUUGAAGAAAUGGAGAAGCACCAAAAUGAUGAAACGGCAGUAUUAGAAAGCAUAUAUUCUGCUGCUGCUGCUGGACUAAUGCAUCCAAUAGGGAGUGGAAAAACUGAUAACAACCUAUGUCCUAUUACGGAAAAUGAAGAAUCUCAUGGAUAUUCAAAGAAAACUUCUAGUGACAAGGAAGAGGUCAAAGAAACAAUUGAUUCUAUGGAUGACUUCAAUGACUUAGCUUUGUCAUCUGAAAGAAUUUCGGAGGUUUUCCACAUGCCUGACUGUCAUCAUAUGGCUUGCAUGUUGCUAAUUGAACAGCAUGAUUUUGCCAGUUUAUUGAAAACCCAGAAUGCGGUUCUUUCAAAUGAAAGACAAAUAGAACGUAAAAAAGAUCAAUGUGAACAACUUAAAAGAAAAAAUAAAGAAAUGGAAAAUAUGGCUAAGGGACUACAAAAGAAUCUAUCAAAAACAAAAGAAAUAAUAUCUAAGUUGGAGCUUCAAAAAAUAAAAUGGGAGGAUGAACUCUGCAGUUUGAGAUUUACUCUAAAACAAGAAAAACAAAAAAGAAUAAAUGCUGAAAGCUUAUAUGGAAAGAUUCAGGAGGAACUAACAAAAAGAGAAGAGCAGUAUAAGAAAGAAGUUGAAAUGAAACAAGAACUUGAAUUUAAUCUUAGAGCACUAGAUAUGGAAUUGAGGACUCUAAGAAAUCAUGUCAAUCAGGUUUCUAUGAGACAACUUCAAGAAGAACUGGCCAAUACCCUAAAAACACUGUCUAUGUCAGAGGCUUCACUGGAGGUGAAAUCACGUUGUUGUACGAAUUUAGAAGAUGAGGUAAAAGACUUAAAGGAAAAACUGGCUCAGAGUAAGAAUCAGGUUGAUGACCUUACUGCAAAACUGGAAACUGUUUCUUCAAGAAACCAAGUUCUUAUUCAGGAAUUAUCAUCUAUGAAAGAAUUACAAAGGAAAUGUGAAAAGCUAGAGAAGACUAAAAAGAAGUUGGAACAACAAGUAGUAAAGCUCAGAAGUUCUGUAGAAGUCAACAUGUUAGAAUAUAGUAAAAUGGAACAAUAUAAACGGGAUUUUGAAGAAACUAUAAGAUUGAACGUAGCAGAAAAAUUAAAAGAAGUUGAUCUAUUUUUAGAGAUGCAAGUAGCAUUUCAAGACAGCUUAGCACAGGUAAAAGAAAAUAAUUAUGCUUCAGUAAGAAGUCAAAUGGAACUCAGAAUUAAAGAGCUGGAAUUUGAAUUAUCCAAAAUGAAAAAAACUCAAGAUGUUACUAAAACAGAAUUGGACAGAUACAAGCACCUCUACCUAGAAGAAGUACGACAUCGAAUAUCAUUGAAAAAUGAACUGAACAAGUAA